AUGGUAACCUCUCGUGUGCUAACGGCUAGGAGUCCCAGGACGCUGCAGUACCUUAGCCAUGUGGGUUGGCCUCCAUGUCGAUCCAGUAUACCCAGCUCCACUGAACUUCAAACACAUGUAUUCCGCGUGGGUAUUAAGUAUGCUACCUUCUUCACGGAAGCGUCGAGAAGCUACCAAAUGCCUCAGGCACCGCUGCUCUUAACCUCAAUGGUUGAUUGUGGGAAGCAAGAAGCCGUUUUAGUGUGGGAUCCCAUUGCAGGAAAUCCAGUUGCCAGCUUCAGCGGUGUAGCCGCAGCCACUGGCACUCUCACUGCCUCAAAUGACGUCAUCUUUAGUGCCGUACCCAGGAAACCUAUCCUUCAGUCAUGGUCCCUCCAGUCAAUUCAGAACUCCUUCAAGCGUCUCACAACCAAGGGGGUUGUUAAUGCUCUCGCCUUCUCCUAUGGCGGGUUCUUUAUGUAUUUGGCCAUCGAGAAGAGUAUCCAUGUAUAUCAGGUAUGUAGCGGGUGCCUGAUAGCCGUAUUGGAGGCGAGCCACAUGGCGCCCAUCGGUGCUCUGGUCGUGUCUCAGCGACACCCCGGGUUGUCCCUGCCUCUCCUUCUCUCCGCGGAUACCUCGGGUCUUGUCGCCUGCUGGCCAGCUCUCGUCUUGACUGGUGACAGCUUUGUCAUUGGUAGCCGCGACUCUGCUACAACUACUUCUGAAUCGGAAUCGGACGCCAAACACAAGCCACUUUGGUACGUGGUUCAAGCAAGUCGAGGUCUGCCUACGUUUUCCUUCAUCGCUGACGGCCGGAUGGUAGCGUGUGCGGGGACAGAUGGUGUCAAGUUGUUCGAUUCGGAGACGGGAAGAUUACUGUACAGCGUCUUGGAACAGAGUCGUCCACUACUCUGUAUAUGCGCACUGCCUCAAGAUGACAGAUUUGUCUUUGCUGGAACAGACAAUGGAAUUUUGCACUCCGUUUGGUUGCGUGAUCCGAAGAAACCCUCUACUUAUGAAGUCUCCUUCCGAAGAUGUUUUGCGGAUGCUGAGCUCUCAUCAGCAGAGAAGGCCAUCUGUUAUGUGUCUGCCAGCCCUGUGGACUCGGGUCUGCCCUUGCUGGCAGUGAGCACUCUUGCAGGGUUGGUGGAGAUUCUUCGUCAGGACACCUGUCUCGUACGUUUGCAGCGUUUCUCCGUGACACCGCCCUUACCUGGCAACUCUGGCUCACCCCGCAUCACCGGUCUCCUCAUGCUCGCCCGGCCUGCCUGGCUGUUGGAGAGCCAGACGGCAAUGGGUGUGCCGACCGAAUCGAAAGCCAACGAUUCUCUGGAGAUCCUGCGUCCAACUAAGCGCCACUUGGGAUGGCAGGUGGAAGACUUGCUCUAUCUUCAAUUGCCCAAUCUCAAACGCGAUCGCAUAUCAGAUGACUGUUUAGAAGGCAUCUACCAGGAUGAAUUUUUUCAAACCACAGGCAGUCGCACCUUUGCUCUGCCUGUUGAUGCUUUCAAAGACUGUACCGCCAGCGCAUCCAGCGAUUCCAUCGAAGUGAGCGCAUUGAGAAGAGAGAAGCAAGCUCUGGAAAAGCGGAACGGUGAACUUAUGCGCAUUUUGGUUGCGAACUGCUUGCACUACUAG